AUGUCUUCUCACAAGACUUACAGGAUUAAGCGAUUCCUGGCCAAGAAACAAAAGCAAAAUCGUCCCAUUCCCCAGUGGAUUUGGAUGAAAACUGGUAAUAAAAUCAGGUACAACUCCAAAAGGAGACAUUGGAGAAGAACCAAGCUGGGUCUGUAA